AUGACGACGCAGGUAAUCAAACUGAACAACCUGGGUAUCGAGAUGAGCGGUCGCGAGGAUGAUUUACUCGCCUAUGAGGGGAAGGUGGAUGAACUAGAGGAUGAGCUGGACGACAUGCAGAAGGAAUUAGAGGCGAGAUCCGAGGCGAUUGCUGCGAGCAAGGCAGCUUGUGACGCCAAAGAUGAGGAGCUUGCGGCUUUGAGUAGUGACUUGGCGGCAUCGAACGAGGCCCUCGCCACUGUGAGAACCCAUCUAGAAGCAAAAGACAGAGCUAUCGCAGAGGCGGAAACCCGGGCGUCUUCUGAGGCCAAGGCCCUUAGAACAAGGUUGGAGAUUGAAGCUGCUGCUGAGGUAGUGGAAGAGUGUGGCCGCGGUUUCUUCCUUGCUAAAGCUUAG